AUGAAUAAAAAUUCUUCGUCAAGUGAUUCUGUAUUAAUGGAUACUUCAUCAUCAACUGUAACGACACAAUCAGAAAAUAAUGAUUUAUCUUCAACAAAUAAAAAUAUAAAACGUAAAGGUAUUAAAGAUGAAUCAUCUGGAGCAAAUAAACGUUCAAAAUUAAUUGAUAUGGUUUUUUAUGAUGGAAAUCGUCAUCCAGCUGCUGUUCUACAUGAACUUCGUCCUGAAAUAUCGUCUGAUAAAUAUUCUUUUCUAUUAGAAGAAAUUGCUCCAAAACAAACACGUUUCCGUUGUUCAGUAACGAUUGAUCAAAAUGUUUCAGAACCAAUAACUGCUAUUGGAGUUGGAAGAUCAAAACAAUUAGCAAAAAAUAUGGCUGCACAGCAAGCGUUAAUGAAAUUAUAUCCAACAUAUCGUCCACCAGAUGAAGCAAUUCUUACUGAAGAUUCUGAUUUGUAUCAACAAGGUCGAUUUACUCCAACACUUCCCGCUUCAUUACAAAAUGAUCCAACAUCAUUAAUUGAUUCAAUUCGUAAACAUUUAACAACAAAAGCUAUUGCUAUUAAAACACCAUUACAAUUAUUUAAUGAAAUUUUUAUUAAUAAUCAACGAUUAAAUACUUCAACAUUGACAAAAAAUCGUAUUGAAUUAAUUGAUAAUGAAGAAAAUCUUGUUCUUGUACGUGUUACAGCUAUGGAUCAACAAUUUUGGGGUGUUAGUGCAGCAAAAACUGUUGCACAAAAUGAUGCAUGUCAACAAGCUAUUGAAACUUUAUGUAAUGUUUCAUUUCGUAAUGCUAAAGCUGAAUUUAUUCGUGCACUUCAAUCAAUGAAUAAAAUAACAUUACCACCUGAAGUUAAAACAGAUAAUAAUAAUGACAAUCAUAAUAAUAAUGAAAAUAAUAAUAAUAAUAAUAAUAAUAAUAAUAAUAAAGUGGAAGAACAAUUAAUGACUACAGAGUUAACGUCUAUUCCAGGUGUUUCAUCAUCUUUUUUGAUACCCAAUGAUGAUGUCUAA